AUGUCUCAUCAGAAAUUACCACUUGCUGCCCCCAUGUUCUAUUCUUGGGACCAUCAUCCUCAAUUUGUAAUCCUUGUAGAAGGAAAAGACAUUAUAGAAGUAGAUGUGAUAUAUGAAGGUAUGAGGAAUUACGAGCCUCGUGCAAGCUCUUCGUGUGCAGCUUGUAAGUUCUUGAAAAGAAGAUGCACUCCCAACUGCAUAUUUGCUCCAUAUUUUCGCUCAGACGAGCCAAAAAAAUUUGCCAAAGUACACAAGGUUUUUGGUGCAAGCAAUGUGAGUAAGAUCUUGAUUGAAGUGCCUGAAGAGCAACGUGAAGACACGGUGAAUUCUCUAGCUUAUGAGGCUGAGGCAAGGCUUAGAGAUCCUGUCUAUGGUUGCAUUGGUGCUAUAGCUUUGUUGCAAAGAAAAAUGGUUGAGCUACAAGUUGAUCUUGCCAUUGCUCGAGCUCGUCUAGCUCGGCAUGCUGCCAAUUCUUCUCCUAUCUUGAAUGAUCAUGGUAUCAUGAUACCUACUUUCGCUGAAUUUCCUGCUUGUGGUGGAUUGGUUGACAGUUUUAGCCAGAAUUCAUCCGAUACCAUGAAUGAUUUCAGCCAAUUCCCAUAUAUAUUUUAA